CAACGGGAGAAGAAGAAGCUCUCGUACAUAGUCUGUCGGUGCGCGGUGCAACUACGGUUAACAGGAAACGCGAGCGUGGUGUAUAUAGGCAGCGAGCGAAUGUAGAGACUGUAGCUAUUAGGUGUAUCUUUGCGAGUUGGGAACUAUAGAGAGCUGGUCGAAUUCGCGUGUGUGAAUCGCAAAGGGAAAGGGAAGGGGAAGAUCGUCGGUGUUGCCUGUGUUGGCGAUGUCAACAGACAGAACGAGGCCGAAGAUCAGCUUGAAAGCAGAAACAAUCUCGAGCCGCCAGUCUGAGUGUCCAGACGGUAGUGUCGUUUUGCAAGUAUCUUGGAGUGACGCAUCGGGCGAUAAUAAGCUAUUCGGAAGCUAAACCAACGAACAUGGCUAUGCUACUUCGGUCUGUAGGGUCAGGACGUAUUCCUCUUCCUUCUGUACCCAUCGCUGCACCUACUGUGGAUACAGCUGAACAGGUAUACAUUUCUUCCUUGGCAUUGUUGAAAAUGUUAAAACACGGCCGAGCUGGUGUACCAAUGGAAGUCAUGGGUCUUAUGCUUGGUGAAUUUGUUGAUGAUUACACGAUCCGAGUUUAUGAUGUCUUUGCCAUGCCACAGUCUGGAACUGGUGUAAGUGUGGAAGCAGUGGAUCCAGUGUUCCAAGCAGAAAUGUUGUAUAUGUUGAAACAAACUGGCAGACCAGAAAUGGUAGUAGGCUGGUACCACUCUCAUCCUGGAUUUGGAUGCUGGUUGUCUCGAGUUGAUAUCAACACACAGCAGUCAUUCGAAGCUCUCAGCAGUAGAGCAAUAGCUGUCGUAAUAGAUCCCAUUCAAUCGGUUAAGGGCAAAGUCGUCAUCGAUGCGUUUCGGUUAAUUAAUCCAAAUACGAUACUUCUUAGACAAGAGCCCAGGCAAGUAACCUCCAACUUGGGUCACCUUCAAGAGCCAUGCAUGCAAUCUCUUUGUCAUGGCCUGAAUCGACUUUAUUAUAGCAUCAACAUUAAUUAUCGCAAAAACGAACUUGAGCAGAAAAUGUUACUCAACUUGCACAAAAAGACAUGGAUGGAUGGCUUGACUCUUGAGAAUUAUUCAGAGCACUGUAAACUCAAUGAAAAUGUAGUCCAAGAAAUGCUUGACUCAACUAAAGCUUAUAAGAAGUCUCUUGAAGAUGAGGAAAACUUGACUAAAGAAGAGCUAGCAAUCAAGCAUGUUGGUAACCAAGAUCCAAAACGACAUUUGGAAGAGAAUAUCGAAAAGCUCAUGGUAUCAAACAUUGUUCAAUGCAUUAGAGCUAUUACUGAUACAAUUGUCUUUAAAUAACUAUCUAAUUUUUGUAUUAUCCAUUGAAAUCAAAUUUACAAACAUAAUUGUCUUUACAAAAUGAUUUUGGUCACAAAUCGUGCGAUUUUUAUUGCAUGUACCUUACCUGUUCCAGAAUUGACGUGUAUAUUACAUACAUUAUAAUAAAAUCUGAAAGAAAUUAUAAGUUUUAA